GAGGGCGCGGAGUCGGUUUGGGCUCAGCCCCCGGCACGGCGGAGGAGUUGGGGUCGCCCGCCGCCGUCGGGCAGCACGCCGCGCAGCCACGGUCCCGGCUUGCGUCCGCCUCCUCUCUCCUGGGCGAUCUCGGCGGCGCCGCGAUGGAAGAGGAGCGGGCAGGCGAGCAGAUGAGACCGUUGCUCACCACGGGUCAUGAUGAAGAAGCCAUUGUGGAUAUGGGCAAAAUUAGCUCUACUAUCAAUACAAACUUUGAGAAAGAAGAGCUAGAAAGCCACAGAGCUGUGUAUAUUGGAGUUCAUGUCCCCUUUGGAAAGCAAGGGCGUCGACGACAUAGACAUCGUGGGCACAGGCAUCACAGGAGGAAAAAAGAAAGGGAAACUGACAGAGAGGAUGGUCGAGAAUCCCCAUCGUAUGAUACACCAUCACAGCGAGUGCAGUUUAUCUUGGGUACUGAAGAUGAUGAUGAACACAUUCCCCAUGACCUCUUUACUGAAAUGGAUGAACUUUGCUUCAGGGAUGGAGAAGAAUAUGAAUGGAAGGAAACAGCUAGGUGGCUGAAAUUUGAAGAGGAUGUUGAAGAUGGUGGUGAUCGAUGGAGCAAGCCUUACGUAGCAACUCUGUCUCUGCACAGCCUCUUUGAACUGCGAAGCUGUAUUCUUAAUGGAACGGUCAUGUUGGACAUGAGAGCAAGCACACUAGAUGAGAUAGCAGAUAUGGUUUUGGACAACAUGAUUGCCUCAGGGCAGCUGGAUGAAUCCAUACGAGAGAAUGUGAGAGGAGCCCUUCUGAAAAGGCACCACCAUCAGAACGAGAAGAAGUUCAGCAAUCGGAUCCCCUUGGUUCGGUCUUUUGCUGAUAUAGGCAAGAAACAUUCUGACCCUCACUUGCUUGAACGAAAUGGGGAAGGGCUUUCAGCCUCCCGCCACUCUUUACGAACAGGUCUCUCUGCCUCCCACCUUUCCCUGAGAGGAGAAAACCGUUUGUCGCUUCUUCUCAAUUACCUUCUUCCUUCUUCAAGAGCUGGAACCCCAGUAACCUCGAGGCCUACAACCCCCAUAACCACCCCUCAAAACACACCACCCUCCAGUCCUACCUGCAGCCACCUGCCAACCACAAGUGCCCAGCCAAGCACACUUCAGGGCAAGGAAUUGCUAGUGUCACCUGCCAGUGAUGAUAUUCCUUCAGUAAUAAUCCACCCACCUGAGGAGGACUUAGAAGUUCAGGAAAGCCAAGAAAAGAAGACAGAGGAAAAUGUUGACAAAACACCAGGGUUAUUAGCAUCUCCACAGUCAGCACCUGGAAAUCUAGACACGGGGAAGAGUGGAGAUGUUAAAGGUACUGGGGCAGGAGGAAGCAGAGAAAACAGCACGGUAGAUUUUAGUAAGGUUGAUAUGAACUUCAUGAGGAAAAUUCCUUCAGGAGCAGAAGCAUCAAAUGUGCUAGUGGGAGAAGUAGACUUUUUAGAAAGACCUAUUAUUGCUUUUGUGAGGCUCUCCCCUGCUGUGCUUCUCUCAGGUCUUACAGAGGUUCCAGUUCCUACACGGUUUUUGUUUUUAUUGUUGGGACCAGCAGGAAAAGCUCCACAGUACCAUGAAAUUGGAAGAUCAAUAGCAACACUUAUGACUGAUGAUGUUUUCCAUGAUGUUGCCUACAAAGCAAAAGACAGAAACGAUUUGUUAUCAGGAAUUGAUGAAUUCUUAGACCAAGUGACAGUGCUGCCUCCAGGAGAGUGGGAUCCAUCUAUACGAAUUGAGCCGCCGAAAAGCGUUCCUUCCCAGGAGAAAAGGAAAGCACCAAAAUUUCCAAAUGGAUCUACUCCUACAGGAGAGCCUCUCAAAGAAGAAGGCCAUCAUGCUGGACCUGAACUUGAGAGAACUGGAAGGCUUUUUGGUGGUUUGAUACUUGACAUCCAAAGGAAAGCACCUUUUUUCUUGAGUGACUUCAAGGAUGCAUUAAGCCUGCAGUGCCUGGCCUCGAUUCUUUUCCUAUACUGUGCCUGUAUGUCUCCUGUAAUCACUUUUGGAGGGCUCCUGGGAGAAGCUACACAAGGCAGAAUAAGUGCAAUAGAAUCUCUCUUUGGAGCCUCAUUAACUGGGGUUGCCUAUUCUCUUUUUGCUGGGCAACCUCUUACUAUUUUGGGGAGCACCGGACCAGUUCUAGUAUUUGAAAAGAUAUUAUUUAAGUUUUGCAGGGAUUAUGAUCUUUCAUACCUCUCUCUGCGCACUAGCAUUGGUCUGUGGACUGCAUUUUUAUGCAUAGUGCUGGUAGCCACAGACGCCAGCAGCCUUGUGUGUUACAUCACUCGAUUUACUGAGGAAGCUUUUGCAGCUCUUAUAUGCAUCAUAUUUAUUUAUGAGGCAUUGGAGAAGCUUUUUCAUUUGGGAGAAGUGUAUGCCUUCAAUAUGCACAAUGACUUGGAUAAACUGACUUUGUAUUCAUGUGUGUGUUCUGAGCCUGAGAAACCCAGCAAUGAAACUCUGCAAGUGUGGAAGAGUAAAAAUAAGUCUGUGGACAAUAUAGCUUGGAGUAACCUCACAGUUUCUGAAUGUUUAGAAUUUCAUGGUGUGUUUCGUGGAUCAGCUUGUGGCCAUCAUGGACCAUAUAUUCCAGAUGUUCUCUUCUGGUCUGUCAUAUUAUUCUUUACAACAUUUUUCCUCUCCUCUUUCUUUAAGCAAUUCAAGACCAAACGUUAUUUCCCAACUAAGGUGCGUUCUACCAUCAGUGACUUUGCAGUGUUUCUGACCAUAGUCAUCAUGGUUUUAAUUGACUAUCUGGUGGGAGUACCUUCUCCUAAACUUCAUGUUCCAGAGAAAUUUGAACCCACCCGAAAAGACAGAGGAUGGUUCAUAGAUCCUCUUGGAACCAAUCCUUGGUGGACACUUCUGGUAGCUGCUAUCCCUGCUUUACUCUGUACCAUUCUCAUUUUCAUGGAUCAACAAAUAACAGCUGUUAUUAUAAACAGGAAAGAGCACAAGCUGAAGAAAGGCUGUGGUUAUCAUCUUGACCUACUCAUGGUUGGUGUCAUGUUGGGAAUAUGUUCUAUCAUGGGGUUACCGUGGUUCGUUGCUGCAACUGUCCUGUCUAUAAGUCAUGUUAACAGCCUUAAGGUUGAAUCUGAAUGCUCAGCCCCAGGAGAGCAGCCAAAGUUCCUGGGAAUUCGGGAGCAGCGAGUGACAGGAUUGAUGAUUUUUGUCCUGAUGGGGCUGUCAGUGUUCAUGACCUCUGUGUUAAAGUUUAUUCCAAUGCCAGUUUUGUAUGGUGUCUUUCUUUACAUGGGAGUAUCUUCAUUAAAAGGCAUUCAGUUUUUUGACCGUAUAAAGCUGUUUGGAAUGCCUGCCAAGCAUCAGCCUGACCUGAUUUAUCUCCGUUACGUGCCGCUCUGGAAGGUUCACAUCUUCACAGUCGUUCAGCUCACUUGUCUAGUUCUGCUCUGGGUGAUUAAAGCAUCUGCAGCUGCUGUUGUCUUCCCUAUGAUGGUUCUAGCAUUAGCGUUCAUCCGAAAGCUCAUGGAUUUGUGUUUCACCAAAAGAGAGCUUAGCUGGCUUGAUGAUCUGAUGCCAGAAAGUAAAAAGAAGAAAGAAGAUGACAAAAAGAAAAAGGAGAAAGCAGAAGCAGAGAGAAUACUUCGAGCAGGGGACAAUGAAAGUAUUCAUCUUGCCUAUGAAGAAGCCAACUUGGAUUUUCCUGUAAAACCCCUAAAAUACAGUGUUGAUCCCUCAGUUGUAAACAUAUCAGAUGAAAUGGCCAAAACUGCACAGUGGAAGGCUCUUGCCAUGAGUACUGAGAAUGCCAAAGUAACCAGAGCUAACCUGAGCCCUGAAAAACCAGACAGUGUGACAAUAACUGUGGAACCUUCACCUGUGGUGAAAUAUGUGGAUGCUGAGACCUCUUUAUAGGACCGAAGCGAGGGGAGCGGAGUAGGUUUGCGUGCGUAUGUAGACCGCUAGGGUAUGAUGCUGUCCCGUGGAAGUGUGAUUCCCACCCUGUGUCUGAUCCUGUCUUUGCUUAGAGCACCCUAGAGAUGUUUGCAGAACGAGGCUGGCAUUUUAUCACCUACAAGUGGCAAUCACACUUCAGCUAUUUAUUUUAUUGGACCUUUUGAAAUAGGAAGAUUGUCCUGAAUGCAUCUUUUCAGUACCCAAUACCUGCACCCAGGUUGCAUCUGCUUUUACUGAGGAUUACUGCUCUGCAUUGCUUACAGUUUUUAUACCUCUGUUUUAUAAUGUAUGCUACAAAAGUGUUUUUUCUAUGCAGGCAGUUGCUGCUGCUUGCUUUUUUGUGUGUGUGUGUCUGCAGGGUAUACUACUUUUUAGUGAUUUCAUAGAACAAAUAUUAAUGUGCUGUUGACAAGAACUACUGUUUUACAUCUCAACUACGUGCUAGUGUUUUCUGCAGUCUAUAUUGUUUUCCAGAGUGGCAUAAAGCCCCCAAUCAGGUGGUUAGCUGAUCUUUAAAAUGAUCCCUUCCUGCUGCAUUGCUCAUUUGUUUUGUUUUAAUUCAUUACUGUCCGAUAGUAGUAUGAAUGCAGGAAUUGUAGUUCCUGUCCCAAAUCAGUAUUUGCCAUGCUGGACACUCCAUGUUUACACAGUUAUCAAUUGGAUUUACAGGCAGCAGUUCAGUGUGUAGGUGGUUGCACAUCCUUACCACGCUCUCUUUUUUCCCCCCAGCAAUCCUCAGAAUCCCCAAAGCUGAGUCUGACAUACUUAGCCUCACAACACAAUCUUUAGGUUAUUUCCCAUGCUCAUCAAAAUGUGUUUGUUUGGGGGUUUUUUUAUGCUUAAUUUUUAAACUUACUGUGUAUUUGAUUAACUUAGCUGUAGUUUCAGCAUGUAGGAGCUUUCUGAUCAGUGGUAUUAUGCUUGUGGCAUUCAUGUGUACAGUUCUGACCUACAUUGUAAAGGGCAUAUGUGAUAGCACCCCAACUUAUUUUUAAACAUUUUAUUUAUUUUAGUAUAAAAUUUUAUUGUAUAAGUUGAAUUGAAAAAGUAAAUAUUAAAGUAGAUAGGAUUUGGGGCGGGGGGGAGGGGAGGGAAAACUGACAAAGGUACAGUCAGUACGGUUCUUGUACUUCUGUUUUCAAGUUCUAGUGUUUAGUAUUAUCCUGUUUGAAAUACUGAGAGUUUUAUGUAUAAAGAUGAUUUUGAUCACUUGCCUGCAGUUUCUAUUAUAAACCAGUUUUGCCUUACAGCUUAGUUUUUUUUGGCUUUAAUUUCUGCCGUGAUCUCUUUACCUACCGAGCUGCCACUAGCCCUUUCUGAAGGCAUUACAAUGGCUUUCAUUAGAAUCUGGGCUCAUUUAAAAUUGGAAGGUGCUGUUUGCUUCAUUCUGCUUUUGGCAAAUUGAGGAGCUUUACCAUAACCAGCAGGCUGAAGUUCUUAAGGCUGAUUCUAGAGGAAGGCAGAGUUAAUCUGAAAAAUACCCCUUGAGGUGGAAUUUUGGUGCUCUUCUGCCAGUUGUCACUUGGAGAGAAGAGAAUUGGCUGUUUCAAAAAGCCAUCAGUGGGAAUGAAUAGAAACAUUUCCAAGUAGCAUUUAAGUCCCACUGUCUGUUCUCAUUAAGUGUAAUGGAAGCUGACAGUUUAAUUGAAAGCAAGUCAUAGUGUACAGCAACAUGAAUAAUGGUAUCCAAACUCACAGCAGAAGUUCAGGUCAGUGGCAAGAAGGUGAGGUCUGUAUUACCAGUUAAACCAGUGCUGUGGGAUAACCUAUAUAGAUGUUCCUUUUGUCUUAGUAGCCUAGCUUGUGCCUUAGCUUGUGUAUGUGCUCUUUGGGAGCUUGUGUAUGUGCCCUCCAGCAGUCAGACUGAGAUACAGUGAAGCUAUAGCAAAUGGUUCCCCAAAACCAUCUGCAAACUUUGCACAUCCUGUCAGUUACUGACUACUAAGUAGCUCUUGCUGAAUCAACAGAGGGAGGAUAGUUGGGGCAGUUUACACAACACAGGUUACUGGGAUUCUAGUUCAAAAGUACUUUUGUAUUCAUGUUCACAGUCCUGCAGCAACUUCCAAAGACACAAAUCACUGGAGGGCUCUUUUUAAACUCCUCAGUACUGGAAGUCAGGCACACCUUGUAUCUGGCUUCUCCUUCUGAAAGGUUAAGUUCUGUUCAGUAUUACAGGAAGUGGAUGUUAAGUUGAAACAGAACCAAAGUCCCCCCAAGUCUAGUCACAGUAUUUCAUUGUAGCUGUGUAGAAGUUGUCACUGAUAGCAGAAAUACCAAGUCUUUCAGAGUAGUUUACAGUGACCUUUAGUCCAUUGCUCUUAGUCAGUGGCAUGAUAAUGCUUGCACUUUUUUCCCCCAUAUGAAGAGCAGAAGAUCUGCUAUUAAGUGUGUGAGCCCCUUAAGUGAUUGGCUGCUCAUUUUACACCUGCUUCAAAAUCAUGCCUAGAAUUAAAGUCAAACAACAAAGGAUGUCCUUUACUAUCUAUAGGUAUACAUUUUGCCUUAAUAGAUGCAGAAGAGCAGUGAUAAGUGCGUGCAGUCUCUGCUUGAUUUGGGUUUAGUGGCAGGCUGUGGUCUGUUUUCCACAGGGGUUAAGCCCUGUAAAGACUACACCAACACAUUCCCGUUCCAACAUCUGGAGGAAAAUAAAACUGCCCUGCACUUCUUUUUGAUGUCUUGCUUUCUUGGGAUGGAACUUAGUGCCACCUUGUGCCUGCCUGCAGAGCCACCUCAGGAAGUCCCUCUUUUUAUUUCUUCUAACUUAUUUAUGAAUCUGAAUGUUUACACAGAGUGUAGGGCUUCAUUUUGACCGCUCCAUUUGAAUUGCCAUCACGUCAAAACGUAACCUUCACGUUUCACUUCUACUCUGCAAACCUCAGUGUUCUCAGUGACAUGUUUUGCGUUCAGUUUGCCUAUGCCCCCAGUUCAUUCCUUCCCAGAUCAAUUUUGCAGCCGUGAUGCAUCUGUUUGUGCUUACUCAGUGAAACGUUCCCAAUUGCCAAGUUUGUCACCGUGAGGCUUUGGAGUAGAGUUUGAUGCCCUGCGCGGGGGUGUUUCAAGCAAACAUCUUGGUCAUUUUUUUUCCCUGUGUUUAGUGCAGUUUCUCCUGUAAGUUACAAUUCACUCCACCUGCAGUUCAGUAGGUUCCCAACUUGUGCCCUGAGCAUGGAUGGGCUGGACAGGCUGUGAGAUCUACCUGCAGCAAAGGAGCGCCUGUGUGGCGCUAAAGGAUUGUCACGUACGUGUGUUGCGCACGCCGCAAGAGGAAUGGUUGGCGGUUUUCAGGGUAGGCUGUCAGAUGAACACCACUGUGAUUUUAGUUCCCUCUUAGCCUUACAAUUAGCAAUGCUUUUAUUAUUCAUCUAGGUCAAACAAAUCAAGUAGAGUUGAAAUGUGUGAAUUUCAACUGAUUCUACCAACAGUCAUUUGUUUCCAGCAGACUUUAACAACUAGAGGCACGCAGCUUUUGAGUCCACGCAGGAGUAGUGCUACUAAAGCAAGCAAAUUGCUUUAGUCGUUUGAAAUCCACUUCAUUUUGUUACCUUUUUAGCAAGACCUUGUAAGAUGGGUGUAGUUGGCCUUGAAGUUAAUCUCGAGAUGCACUUUGGUAUUGAGUUUGGUUGACAUUUCCUUGGAACAAUGAAUGAAGUAGUUUGAAAAUCAGCACCUUUCCUAGGUUACUUCAGUAGCAAGACUCAUUUACGUGUUCUUUCUCAGUUCUUGGUGAUGCAAAGGUGUCUUCCAGGCUUCAGCACCUGUAGCUGAGCCACCCUUUUGGUUUUCAUACCGUUUCAACUAUGAUUACGGAGCGUCCUGCUCAGAUUUGAUGACUGCUUUUCUAAUUGCAGUAAUGUUUUCUUACAAAAUCUGAAGCAAAUGGGAACAUCAACCCAAGUGCAGACUCAACAUCCAGUUUAUACAGAAAACACAACUCUCGGACUUGUCUUUUCACGUGAAAGAUGCAGCCCUUGUUGGUUUAAUCACUGCUAGAACGAAGUUCUCUUUUGUAACGUUUCAGAAAGUUGGUAAAAGCAAUAAAAAUCUCCUGAACUACC